CGCGGUCGCUGUCCCUGGACGCGGCAGCUCCGAGCUCUUCCCUGUCGCCGUUCGCCCCCGGUCUCGCCGUCGCCAUGACCGGCCCGCAGUCGGGAUUCAUUCCUACCUACAACAGCCUUACAGACAAACACCUGGCUGGGUAUUUCAGCAACACCAGGAUAAGACGACAUCUCCAGAGAUCAGGACUGAUCUCAAGGAGUGGCAGAAUAAUCUCUGAGAAGGAAUACCAGAGAAAUGAAGUCAGGAAGAAUCACCUGAGACACCUGGAGGAGACCCUGACUCGCACCAUAUUCUGUAAGAUCCUUGACUUGAAGCGUCGUCAGCAGCUGGAGUUGAUGAAGAAGCUUGAAAACUCUGUGAGGAUGGAGAAGUUGCAGAAAAUCAAGAUGGAACGCUCCAGAAAGAUCGUGGGAGGUGGCACCCCUGCCUACAUGCCACAUCCACCACAUUGCCCAAGAAAUCGCCAUGAUCUCCAUCUUUCAGUGUCUGGAGAACCUGCUGCUCAGUGUCACCUGGGGGAGAGGAUUGGGGUGAGACCUGUGAAUGCAAAGGGGCUUGGGACUGAUAGAUGCCUGCCUCACUUCCCUCUGGGUGGCGACUAUGUGAUGCCAAUGCCACAUCCUCCCGGGCCGAAGGAGCACAGAAGUGCAGCUGCGGUGAGACAUGGGAUGCCCAGAUGGAGGCAGGCUCGUCCCAUCACAGCCCCAGAUGGGCAGCUUUCAGCAAAGAUGGAACACUCCAGAAAGAUCGUGGGAGGUGGCACCCCUGCCUACAUGCCACAUCCACCACAUUGCCCAAGAAAUCGCCCUGGUCUCCAACUUUCAGUGACUGGAGAGCCUGCUGCUCAGUCACACCUGGGGGAGAGGAUUGGGGUGAGACCUGUGAAUGCAAAGGGGCUUGGGACUGAUAGAUGCCUGCCUCACUUCCCUCUGGGUGGCGACUAUGUGAUGCCAGUGCCACAUCCUCCCGGGCCGAAGGAGCACAGAAGUGCAGCUGCAGUGAGACAUGGGAUGCCCAGAUGGAGGCAGGCUCGUCCCAUCACAGCCCCAGAUGGGCAGCUUUCAGCAAAGAGCUCUGGAGCAUUCCACAGGCCCUCAUUACACAGCAAUGUGCUUGUCACCAUGGUCUUCCUAGGGAAGAAUCUGCACUUGGCUCACCCUGACACCCACUACAGGGAUGAGAUCAAAGUCUAUCAGCAGCACUGUGGAGGAGAAAACCUUUGUGUCUACACAGGCAUGCUACUGGAAAAAGAGACCUUUCAGUUCACCUCCAGGAGGCACCAUGGCUUCCCCUUCAGCCUCACCUUUUAUCUCAAUGGGAUGCAAGUGGACAGGCUGAGCUGCUGCUGUGAGUUCAGACUGCAGAAGCGCUCCAGGCUGGGGGGCAGACGUGGAUACUUCGGGUUUCUCCACGUGGAGGGAGCAUCUCCUUGCUACAGGUGUGCUGUUGACUUGAGUCUGGACCAAAAGCCAUCCCCUCCCAAGAAGAAAGCAGAGCAGAACCACAAGGGAAAGCCCUUGGAAGAUGGAGUGCAGAGUGAGCCAAGUCAAGGCAGUGCUGAGCAGAAGUCAAGCAGAGCUGCAGUGUUGGUCAUCUUACCAAGUCCUGAAGAGAGUGAGGACAAAACAGAGACUGGAGAGGAGUUCAGAGAAGAAGAAAGGGGCAAAGUGUCUGAAGAUGAGAGCACAGACAGGCAGGAAGGCAGUGAGAAAAAUGCCAAGGCCCCUGGAAGAGCAAGUGUGGGCCAGCCAGAGCAGACCUUGGUGAGCUGUUCAGCUGCAGAGUCCUUGCAAAGCAUUGUGACAGAAGUGGAGAGCAGCAGUGAGGAGUGUGCUGGGAGUGAGGAAGAAGAAGUGGAUGAAGAAGCUUCUGAGGCAGAGGAAGAAAUUAACACAGGAGGGGAGAGUGGAGAUCAUAUGAAUGGGAUGUCAAGGCCCUCCUCAGGAGAUGGCUGUGAAGAUCAGAGGGAAGCCUCAGCACAGAAGGCAGCGCAGGGCUCUGAGCGGGGCUCCGUGGAGGCAAGCGCUGGAUGCCCUGGGAGUGACUCCGAGGACGAUAAGCAAGGUUGGUUUCUCCAUCAGGAGGCUGAGAGGAGUCAACCUGAUGCAUCUUUUCUGUUGUGUGCAUGGCCAUGUCCAUGA